UCAACUUUCAAAAUCAAACAAAAAAAAAACGUAACGAACUCUUCAAGUUCCACCGAGAAACCGGUGUCACUUGUAUUGCUUGUCAGAGUUAGUGACUGAAUCAGCAUCCAUGGACGAGUUGGGUUCCGCCUCAUCUCCGUCGCGCCCGGUGACUGUCGACGGGGCUGGCGAGGACGCAGCGCUGGCGAAGUCGCGGUUUCUGACGCGGAAGGAGGUUCUCCAGCGGCGGCUCCGGCGAGUGAGGCAGCUGACGCGGUGCUACCGGACCCACUAUUGGGCCCUAAUGGAGGAGCUGAGGUCCAAGUACAGAGACUACAGCUGGACCUACGGGAAGAGCCCUUUCAAGGAGGAUCACAACGAGGGUGAGAAUAACAAUCCAAACGGCGUCAUCACUGGCGUCGGUGGCGGCGACGAUAUCAUACGGUGUCGUUUUAGCGGCUGCAAGACUAAGGCCAUGGCUAUGACGAAAUACUGUCACGCUCAUAUACUGUCCGAUUCCAAACAGAAGCUUUAUCAGGGAUGCAGAGCUGUUGCCAAGAAUUUGCCAACAGGGCCUUCAUUUUGUAAUAAGCCAGUAUUGAAAUCUGUGGUUCCUGCUGCAUGCGCAACUCAUCAUCAAUUUGGUGAAAGGUGUUUAUCUCGUGCAUUAAGAAGGGCUGGGUUAGGGAAUGCUAUCCCUAAUAAUCGUAAGCCUACACCGAAGUUUCAUGUACUAGUUUCUGAAUUUGUCCACCAAAUUCAAAAGAAACGAAAGCUUGCAUUGAAGGAAACUGCUCUCAAAGUUGAGACUGAAUAAGAAAGUAAACUAAUCUGCAGAUUAUAGAAAAUAUAAUAUCAAAUUCCUAAAGAUUUUUCUGUGUAUAGAAUGCAUAUUCUCGAUUCUGAAAAAUAGGAUUAUGUUUAAAUACUGAAGCAUUUAGUGCAAAAAAAUCAAGGAUUCUACACAAGUAUGUUUGUAAAAUUUUCUGUCCUUGUUUAUCUUUUAGUCCUAUUCGAUGAGCAGCAUCACAGC